CUAUUCCUUUGUUUUAAGUCAAAUAGUAUUGUAAUUAUUGAAGGAAUGUAAAAGUGAUUUUCGAAUUGAAAGUUUGCAUAGAGAUAGAUCAUGAAUUUGAUUGCUUAUAAAAAUUUUUUAGUUGCAAAUGAUUAUGUAAUCGUUCGUUCAUUUCCAAUUUCAUCAUUAAUUCGUGAAAAGAAACUUUCUGGUCAAUUUCGUGUUGAUAAUUCUAAUAUUUGUCUUCAUAAUGGUAUUCAAUUACGAUCAGCAACAUUUCAAUUAAUCAAAGUCUUUUUUGAUGAUGAAGUUCUUGUUGAUGAUGUUGAAAAAUUUCGUACAAAACUCGUUGAAAAACGUUAUCCUGAAUCUGUUUUUCAAACAUUUUGUUUUUCAAUUUAUAGUGAUUAUAAUCCUGUUAUCAACAAACAAAAAGAUGGAACACUUAAAAAAUAUGGUCGUUUUGCUCGAAAUGUCUUACGUAAAAAAGGUCUUAUACCACCAAAAGAUUUAACAACACAUCAAAAUGUACAAUUAAAAUCUAAUGGACAAGGUGGUAGUAGUAAUACAGGUGGUCUUAAAACUUUAAAUGGUUCAAUGCGACAUCAACAAAAUAUUUUAAUUCGUACACCUGAACCAGUUCGACGUAGUUUAACAUUAACAAAUACACGUUCACCAAAAUCUAUACCAUUACAUAAUAAUGAACGUUCAUUAACAGGAAUUUCAACAAUAACAACACCAUCAACAAUACAUGAAUGUGAUGAAGGAAUAAUUGGAAAUAAUAGUGAUGAUGAAGAUGAAGAUAGAUCAUCAAGUAAAAAAUUUUUUUUGUUUUUUUUUGUUUUUUUCAUGUAUUUAUUU